AAAGUGGGGGAGCGUGGCAGGGGCCCGGUGGGACUGCAGCGACUUCCACCUGAAAAAAAGUUUGGCCGCGAUCCAGAAUUUUUUUGCAGCAGCAGCUUUGGAACAGCUUUUCCAGCAGCCAAAUCCAGCACGCAACUGAAGUGAAUACGCCGAUUUCACUCGAAUAUCUUGCAUUUUUGCAUCUUGCAUAUUCAAGGAGCAUAGACUAUUACCCUGGCUGUGGUACAAUUCACCUAUUUAUCAUAAACCAACCGACCAAUUGGCAGCAGUAUCAAAUACCCUUUAUCAGAUCCCGGUCCAUAUAAUUUUCAAAUCGAUAAGGAAAAAGGAAGAGAUUCUUCCCCACGCGACCAUCCUCGACCCUCUCUCUCUCUCCUUCCUUCCUCACGACAACCUCAGUAUCCCUCCAAUCCCCUCCAAACAACACUCACACACACACCAUGUCUACCAAGAGGAAAGCGCUCUCCCUGGCCAAGCCGGUGGUCAAGCCCAGCGCCAAAGUCGCAACCAGGUCCAAGAUCGACGAGACAAGGACGGCCGUCUCGACCGGCCCAGCACCAAAGUCUGCCACCAAGGCCACCGCCCCAGAGACCAUUGAGAUUUCCAGCGACUCCUCCAGCCACUACAGCGGCUCGGACAAUGAAGAAGAUGUGAACAGCGACAACGAGGAGGAGGCCGUCGACGCCGCUCCCGAGAAGAAGCAGACCACCACCACCACCACCGAGCCCACUGCCCAACAAGACCAAGAGAACAACGACAACGACAACGACGACGACGACGAUGCCUCCCCUACAUUCGGCGAUCUCGCCCGCGGCAACGCCACCAUCGACGUCGCCUCCGCUCUCGCCGCCCAACAAGAAGCUUCUUCUUCUGCCGCCGCCGCUACCAAAAACAACACCAUCACGGUCCAGCGCCCCAACGGCACCGCUACCACCAUCUCCGCCACCUCCCUCGGCACCGUGCUCAACCAAGCCCUGCGCACCGACGACUCGGACCUGCUCGAAUCGUGCCUGCAGACGUCCGACCCCAAGAUCAUCACCAACACCAUUACGCGCAUGGACUCGGCGCUCGCAGGCGUCUUGCUCUCCAAGCUCGCGGCCCGCAUGCAUCGCCGCCCUGGUCGCGCUUUUGGCUUGAUGAAGUGGAUCCAGACCACCCUCGUCGCGCACGGCGGGAGCUUGGUUGCGCAGCCUGAAGUCGUGGCGCGGCUGGGCGAGCUCAACCGCGUGCUGGAGGAGCGGGCGAGGGGAUUGCCUGCGUUGUUGGCGCUCAAGGGAAAACUGGAUAUGCUGGAUCAGCAGAUGCGGUGGAGGAAGUUUGUGAAGCAGGGUGGUGCGGCGAAGGAGGAGCAGCAUCAAGAAAAUGAAGAAGAGGAGGAGGAGGAGGACGUUGAUGAGCCGGGUGUGGUGUAUGUGGAGGGGGAUGAGGAGACUGGUACUGUCAAUGGUACGAUGGGCAACGAGGAAGACUUUGCGCUUAUAGAUGUUGGUGCGAAUGGCGAGUCGGAUGAGGAGGAGGGUGAUGAGGAUGAGGAGGACGAUGAGGAGGAUGAUGAGGAGUUUGAUGAUGGGGAGAGCCUGGAUGAGGAUGAGGUCGAUCAUGAUGAUGUUGAGGAGAGCGGUGAUGAGGAUGAGGAUGACGAGGAGGAGGAGGAUGAUGCGCCACCAGCCAAGGUGCAGAAGACGUCAUCCAAAUUCGCAAAGAGAAAGUAAAGACGGGGCGGUACGAAGGAUGUGGUGUAAAGAAGGGUGUAUUGCUGUCAAGUAUAGGUAAAAUGCUGAUGGGGCCAUGGCCGUUGUUGUUGUUGUCACAUACAUAUCCCGUCAGGUUUCGCAUCCUUUGGGGUUAAGGAGUUUAUAAUCAUGUCUUUUUCUUGGUUUCUAUCCUGGUUUUUUGUGUGUAAUUUUGUUGUAGAAAAGGGGGAACUUUGAGUAACUACUGUAGUGGUGUUGAACAUACAUACCUUGGGUGAAAUAGUUACUCGGUAAAUAUAGACAUGUCAUGUUGCCCACAUACUUAUGGCCUGUAACCGUU